AUGCAGUGUUCCGAGAUUCUUAUGCUUCCCGAGGAUGUUAUUAAUUUGAUUUGUCGUUUUCUCCCCGAUAGUCUCUUAUUGGAAUAUUGUCAUAUUCCAAUACUUGGCAGAUAUGCAAUAGGCGUAUUAAACACUAAAAAUCUUAAGGUGUAUAUUGGCACCACACUCUUGGUGGGAUUUUCAUUUGAUAUUGACGGCAUGACUGAUCAUGAAUUGAAUCCUUAUAUCGGUGGCCCUGUCGGGGCCGUCGGAAUGUACCAAGCGGCAACCUUACCGUGGGUUGGAACUAACCAGUUUCGGUCUCCUUCAAUUGAUUCGGUUGAUUCAUUUAUCGAAUUUAUCAGAAAGCACCCCCAUCUCAGAAUUAAGAAAUUGAUUGUAGAUGGGCUUGUUAUGUUAAAGAGAAUACAUACCCGAGGUGAUUCUUCGUGGCUCCGAAGUGUACAAAAGAUAGAACUAGUGGUUAUGGCUAAGCUAGAUAACCCAAGGGAGUUCAUAGAACAAGUUAGAGACUAUCAUCUAUAUGGCAUUUCUUCAACUGCUAAUCUUCAUCAAUAUGACUUACCACACUCAGUUCAACUGUUGUAUUUUGGAUGGGCUAUCGACUUUAACCCUUCCGCAUUGGAGAGACACGACUUGACUGAAUUAUACAUACGGCCUCCCAUUAUCCUUUCUGAUCUGAAAUACUUGCCACGAGGGUUGAAGGUACUAAACAUUUGUUUACAAUUGGGUCCCGCUGCGGAUAGUACAUACAGGCCCAACUUUCCUCCAGGAUUGGAACUCCUUGAAAUUGGAAUACAGAGAGAUAACACCAGCGCAAGCGAAUCCAAUUUCGACCUUAGAGGUUUGGAAAGUUUAAACUGCUUGAACAUUAAAUCAUUUCCCUUCGAGUCCUUGUACAUUUUGAAGGCACCGAAACAAAUAAGCGCCUUGUCCAUUGAAUCUUCACAUUUGGCUUCAUUAAGAUCUAUCGCGCAGUAUCAUCAGCUUAAACGCCUAUCUCUAAAAAUUGAAAACGAGGAAGCUCGGUCCAUAUUAGAGGAUUGUAAGUUCCCAAAUUCGUUGGAAAGUUUACAGUGUGAAUGGGAUCAUUCUCAAAAUAUGCUCUUUCCAAGACUUGAAGGAGGACCUCGAGAUAUGGGAAUGAUUGCCGACUUGAUACCACUUGAAAGAGAACCGAUUUUUUCACCUAGAGUGCAGUUCCGUAUUGGUCGACUUCCUCCAAAUCUCAAAAUGUUGAACAUUAGGUCUAACUGGGCGUCCUGUAAUCCAACCGAAUGGGAUUUGCCUGAAUCUUUGAGAGUCUUGAUACUUAAUGUCCGCACACUUCUUGCGCCUGUUACAAUUCCAUCUAGAUUGGUUUUUUUUUCCCUAUUUGCAAAGUCGAAAGAUAAGAUCCUACCUCGUUCGUUACCUAAAUCGUUGAUCUAUUUAAAUACGUCACUACUACCUUCAGAAGCAACAACAAACGAUUUGACAGAUUUAUCCAACUUGUCACUGUUAGAGUUUUCAGAAUAUAGCCAAACUUGUUUUGAAUGGAAAUUACCAAUUACGCUUGAAAGGUUGGUCUUAAAAUAUAACAAAUUGUGCUCUAUAAACAUCAAAGAAUCGAAUCUAAAAGAGCUAAAUUUGUCCUACAACUGCUUUAGAUCGUUUGACAACCUUAAACUACCCGAGACUCUUGAGGAAUUGCAAUUAAAUAACCAGAGACUGCCCGAAAAUGGACUUAUGAAACUUUCUCUUGAGAAAUUGACCAAAAACUUGAAGCUGCUUGAUCUUUCAAGAAAUAAUUUCGAGAUACGCUCGUUGAGCAAUUUAAGCUUUGAAAGGUUUCACCAAUUGCUGUGUCUUAAUUUAAGUAGUUGCAAUGUUAACAAUUUGAAAGAAGGCAUGUUCCCGGAAUCAGUUAAAUUCCUCCACCUUGACGGCAACAGAUUCGAAAAGAUUGACAGGCGUGUAUUUCAACGCUUACCAAAUUUGAUGUUUCUCAAUUUGUGGGGCUGCAAUAUUGGCGACUUAAUGCGAUUUGGACAUAGUUUGGAAUUUCCUGAAUCUUUGCAAUUUCUAAGUCUUUCAAAGAAUAGGCUUGACACGACGAAAGGGUUGAUAUUUCCUUUGAAUUCCCACUUGAAAUCGUUAACUCUCCAAUUUAACGAGUUUCGGUAUGUGAAUGCUGUUUCUGAAUCUUUAAGGGGAAUAUUGGGCCAAGAUGUGCUGAUCUCUAUUCUGACAUACUAG